GUCAAAACUAGUAAAAAAAACACAGCCCCCUUGGCCCUGGACUUGUAUUUUGUAUUGUGUACUGUGCAUUUAUUUUGUAUUUGUAUUGAGUUUUAUCAUGUAUAGUUGACGGCGGUGUAUUUUUUCUACGUUUGUACUUCAAGACAAUACAGAAAUAAGAGAAAUCAUUUCAUUUUACCCAAGAAUAGAAGAUAAGAAGCUUUCACAUGAACACCACAAUCCAUCAGCAGAGGAAAAAGAAAAAACAUGAAUUUGUCAGGCAUUGUUUUUGAUAUAAUGAAACCUCCCAACAUCUAAAAUCAGCAAACACUCUUUCAGGAAGUGUUUAUGAAAACAGUAAUGCAGGCUAAAAGGCGUUAUCUGUUGGUAUUUGUCGUAGCUUUUCUUACAAUUUGGUAUUUUGGAGGCUAUCACCUUCGGCAUAAACGUAAGAUACCAUUCGAUAAUGAGCUGCUAAUAACCUAUGUCAAUUUAAACAACAUAGAGACAGGCUACACACCACCUCGUGAAAGACGUAUAACUCAAAAUGAUGCAAAAGUCUUGUGUCGCAUGGAAACUUGUUUUGAUUUCAGCAAGUGUGAAAAAGACUUUAAGGUUUAUGUGUACCAACAAGAAGAAACCAUCAACCCCAGUCCGUCCUAUUUGAAGCUCCUAAAUGUUUUAUUAGAAUCACACUAUUAUACUUCUGAUCCAAAAGAAGCAUGCCUAUUUGUACUCAGUAUAGACACGCUAGAUAGGGAUAGACUGAGUAAUGACUAUGUUAGAAAUAUGCAAAGUAAAAUUCAAAGGCUUCCUUAUUGGAAUGAUGGCCUAAAUCAUAUUAUUUUUAACUUAUAUUCUGGUACAUGGCCAAAUUAUACAGAAAAUAAUUUAGAUUUUAAUUAUGGAAAAGCUAUAUUAGCUAAAGCAAGUAUGUCUGAAGAUCAUGUCAGGCCAGGAUUUGAUAUCAGCAUUCCACUUUUCCACAAAAUUCAUCCAGAGAAAGGUGGAGAGCCAGGAUCAAAUUCCGCAAAUAACUAUCCAUUAGAAAAGACCUAUUUACUCGCUUUUAAGGGUAAACGAUAUGUACAUGGUAUAGGUUCUGAUACUAGAAACUCAUUGUAUCAUUUACAUAAUCGAAAGGAUAUGAUUAUGGUAACCACAUGUAAGCAUGGUAAAAGUUGGAAAGAUAUGAAAGAUGAAAGGUGUGAUGAAGAUAAUCGGGAAUAUGAUAGAUACGACUAUGAAACAUUGUUACAAAACGCCACAUUUUGCCUAGUUCCUCGCGGUAGGAGAUUAGGUUCAUUUAGAUUUUUAGAAGCUUUGCAAGCUGGUUGCAUUCCCGUAUUACUAUCCAAUAGUUGGGCUUUACCAUUUUCUGAUGUAAUUGAUUGGAAUAAGGCUAUUAUUUGGGCCGAUGAACGUUUACUAUUGCAGGUGCCUCAUAUCAUUCGUUCAAUACCACCAAGUAAAAUUUUGCAACUCCGCCAACAAACUCAAGUAUUGUGGGAUAGGUAUUUUUCUUCAAUAGAGAAGAUAGUAUACACGACUUUAGAAACUGUAAGAGACAAAUUACCAAAGAAACAAAAACGUGAUGGUACUAUUUGGAAUUCCUUUCCUGGAGCCUUAGUUACUUUACCAACUUUUUCUGAUUCUCUGCAGGAUUUUCCUUUCGCAGUUGAAUCAAGCAAAAAUAAGUUCACUGCUGUUAUCUACUGCCAGUUAGGUGUAUCGUUAUCACAACCUUCCACAACAUAUAGGUUAGCCAACUACUUAUCCAAGAGUAAAUAUUUAGCAAAAAUUCUUAUAGUAUGGUCAAACGAUAAACGACCACCAAAUAGAAGUCGUUGGCCAACUUUACCAAUACAUAUUCCUCUACAUAUCAUUGAAACCGGAAAUGGAUUGGAAGGGAAAUCAAGUAUUUCCCAACGGUUUUAUCCUCAUAGUGAAAUUAAAACUGAUACUGUUCUUUCGCUUGAUGAAGACACAAUACUCACCACCGAAGAAAUCGAUUUUGCUUUUGCUGUAUGGAAGCAAUUCCCAGAUAGAAUCGUUGGUUAUCCUGGAAGAUCUCAUUAUUGGGAUGACUCAAAAUCGACUUGGGGAUAUACUUCUAAAUGGACAAACGAUUAUUCGAUUGUUUUAACUGGGGCAGCUUUUUAUCAUCGAUAUUAUAAUUAUUUAUAUACAGAAUGGUUGAGUCCGCUUCUGCAUAAAACUGUGGAACAAAGUCAAAACUGUGAGGAUAUUCUAAUGAAUUUUUUGGUGAGCCACGUAACACGUAGACCACCUAUCAAAGUGACUCAAAGAAAACAAUACAAAGAGCAGCCUAGUGCUGGUAGUUGGUCCCCGUGGAAUGAUCCAGACCAUUUUAUCCAAAGACAAAGUUGUUUAAAUACAUUCGCAGCCGUAUUUGGGUAUAUGCCAUUGCUAAGGUCUAAUUUGAGACUCGAUCCUGUACUUUUCAAAGACUCUGUAUCAACUAAACGGAAAAAGUAUAGGAGAAUCGAACUGGUAGGUAAUUAGAUGUUUGAAAUAACCUAAAAAAUUACGUUUUUCGAACUGUAUUUGUUAUCUAAUAAGAACAGCUUUAGGUUUAAUUUUGUAGUGACUGUUGCAACGUUCCUUUUUUUUUAAAUAGUAUGUUUUUAAAUUUCUAAUGAAAUACACGAUCUCGCUCUUUUGAGGUAGAAUAUGAAAUAUGAUGUAACCUUGCAAAAUAAAUUAUUCAUAUGCCUAUGCUUAGUGAAUAAGAAAUAUCAUAAUAAAACUUAGAUCAUAUCAAUAUAAGAAGCAAUAAUAUACAAUAUUAGUGUUUACCAGUCGGGUCGAUUUUGUGAGGUUAUCAUCUCAGUCAUCACUUU